GGUUUUUUUGCUGGUGUUACGUUCAAUGGUUUGAAGUAGUAGAACUAUUAAAACGUAUGAACUUAUGUGUUGACCCCUUUUUAUAAUGCAAGAUAGUUACAGUAGCGGUAUAAAAAGUAACCAGUCAGCACCAUCAAUUUGUUAUACAGAACUCUCUCUGCUAACAGGAACGUUAUUAUGUAGAAUACAUUCAGCGUGGGGGUUUGACCUUAAAGCUUCAUCUUCUAAAGCUUUUGUAUCUUUUUUGGUUGAUUCCGGCUCGAAGUUCGUGGAAAUUAAGCGUUCGGAGAGUGUUACAUAUACCGAAUCUUUGAGUUGGAAGCAAGUAUAUACCCUUAAUUUGGAAAGGAACUCCAUGCUUAAAAUACAAAUAUCUGCAAAACAGCAGUUUUCAAAGAAAAAAAUUUGUGGAACUGGGGCCUUAGCCUUGAAUAUUUUGACGGAAAAUUUAAGUAACGCUGAAGAAGUCAAGUUACAUCUCUAUCCUUUGGGCUUUUGUAAAGUUAUCUUUCAAUUUAAAGGUAUUAAAGAGAAGGUUAGCGACGACUUUAUUCCUCCCCCUUUAUUAAUUCCUUACUUUGGGCAAUCCAUUCGCAGCAUCUGCUGUCGUGAAGGUUCGGCUUUACCGGGGAUCAUCUUUGCCUGCAUUUCCCAAAUCGAAAAGCGGCGUUAUGGGCUUAAAGAAGAAGGGCUUUACAGAGUUUCUGGCUCGCAGUCUGCAUACCAGGAGUUGAAGUUAUGCUAUGAUACGGGCUCACCGGUCGAUUUUGAGGACGCCUGCGUCCAUGACUUAACAGGCCUGCUAAAAAUGUAUCUGAGAGAGUUACCGGAGCCGCUGAUAACACACGCGCUCCACUCAUCCUUUAUGGGCGCCGUGACUGAUAAACCGGACGUAGAAAGUUUCAAAAAGUUGCUUAUGAAACUUCCUGACGUCAAUCGGAACUCGCUAAUUUACAUUUUUGACCACCUCCACUCUGUGCUAAGCUAUUCCAAGGAUAACAAAAUGACUAUUUUCAAUCUCAGCGUCUGCAUAGCUCCCUCGCUCAUGAAGUACAGGGGCUCGCGUGCUGAUGCUUCCAUGGGUCUGCAGAGCGAGAGCAGCGUUGUUCAACUUCUUCUGGCUUGGUGGCCCAUUGAAGGCUUCGAAAUGACACCUCGUGUUAGACACACUAAAAGUGUUAAAUAUCCCCUUGAACUAUCCGCGCCUUGCAUGCCUCUAGUGAAGUCAAAGUCCAGCCCUUCGGAGUUGGCUUAUGGGAAAUAUAAAGUUACUCCGAAGGUCUUGGUUGCACAGGCUUCGGACGCUGCUCUUCGUUUCCUUAAUAAGUUUUCUCCUGCCUUCAAACUGAAGUCUCAGAACAAAAAGAAAGAAGCCAGUGGCUCUUACUCGCCUACCUCGACCAAUAAAGAGAGAAAUGAGACCACAUUAUAUAACACAGAUCUCAUUGAUAACGUUUGA